AGUGAUUCCGCAAUGGAAUCCAACCGGGACGAGGCAGAGCGCUGUAUUGCCAUCGCUUUGGGCGCCAUUAAGAGCCAGAACACGGAAAAAGCCUUACGAUUCCUAGAGAAAGCCCAGAGACUAUUUCCCACCGAGCGGGCCCAGGCGCUCUACGAAUCCCUAUCGCAGAAAAGCCAGCCUGAGAACAGCCAGUCUGACAGCACAGAGACCACUAACCCUCGCCUAAGGAAGAACGCAGCCGAUUCCACCCCAUCUGCAAACGGAGAGGCUGGUGGAGAAACGGGCAAAAGUUACACGCCAGAUCAGCUAGAGGCAGUGAAAAGAAUAAAACAGUGUAAAGAUUACUAUGAAAUUUUGGGAGUAACAAGAGAAGCCACAGAAGAUGAUCUAAAGAAAUCUUACAGAAAGCUAGCAUUAAAAUUUCACCCAGAUAAAAACCAUGCCCCCGGAGCAACGGAAGCAUUUAAAGCCAUAGGGAAUGCCUACGCAGUGUUAAGUAACACAGAGAAGAGGAAGCAAUAUGACCAGUUUGGAGAGGAAAAGGUCAGUUCCUCACGACAUGGACACUCCGACUUUCACCGAGGAUUCGAGGCCGACAUAUCUCCUGAAGAUCUCUUCAACAUGUUCUUUGGUGGUGGAUUCCCUGCUAGUAAUGUUCAUGUAUAUAGUAAUGGGCGAAUGCGUUACACUUACCCUCAAAGGCAAGAUCGGCGGGAACACCAAGGAGAUGGUACCCUGGGAAUGUUUGUACAGCUGAUGCCUAUUCUGAUCCUGAUCAUUGUCUCUGCUCUGAGCCAAAUGAUGGUUUCCACACCACCUUAUAGUCUCAGCCACCGACCGUCAGUGGGACACAUUCACAGGCGUGUAACUGAGCACUUGAAGGUUCCCUACUUUGUAACAGACAGUUUUGAUGAGGAAUACACUGGCUCAAACUUGCGGAGUGUCGAGAGAAGUGUAGAAGACGACUUCAUAGCCAACCUCAGAAACAACUGCUGGAAGGAGAAGCAGCAGAAGGAAGGAUUGCUGUACCGCGCACGUUAUUUUGGAGAUUCUGACCUGUACCAGCGAGCACAAAGGAUGGGCACUCCAAGUUGUAGUAGAUUAACCGAAGUUCAAGCAUCAAUGCAUGGCUAGCCUUUACUUAGCACGUCACAUGGCACAGGUUUCUGGAGUAGCUAAAAAUCUUUUGGCAAUACAGAGCAAGCAAGGAGGGAGCACCAAAUGAGCAUUCUAGCCUCAUUGCUAGAGGGACUUGUAAUCCUGGCUCUGCUAUUAUGUGCCCCCACACCCCUUUUGUCUGUUAAAGGGUUUAUAAAUUAAUAAAUGUCAACGCACAAACCUAUCGACAUUACUUGAACUUAGAUCCUACUAGGACUGGAUGCAAACAGCUGCUCUGCUUCUUCCCAAAAUUCCUUUGGUCAUUGGCCCCCUCAUUACACCCAUUUUCAACAUGAUAAACCAACAGGUUCAGAUGCUGCAGUGCAAGCCUGCAAUCCCUCAGAAGGUGGCCUGUACUGAAUCGAGAAGACUUUUAGAACAAAGAAGAAAAAAUAUGAUUUAUUUAGAAUUAAUUUAUAGCUGUAUAUAUGUUGUACUUUUAAACAAAGAUAAUUAUGCAGAUAUUGGAAUUAAUCUAUACAUCCGAUUUCUGCUCACCUAAAUAAAUUGUCAAGUGUGAA